CCGCGGCCCAGCCCAAUGCCUCGCCGCGGCCCAGCCCAACGGUUAGCCGCCGCCCCGCCGUUGCUGGCGCCGGCCCCUCAAACCCUAGCAGCCCUCUCUCGAACCCUAGCCUCCGCCUCCCCCUCCCCGCCGCCGCGUCCCCAUCCGCGGUCGCCGCCUCCUCCGUCGCUGUCCCCGUCCGCGGUCGCCGCCAGAAGAUAUCCCACCAUGGCCGCCCCCAUCCAAGUUGUUUCCAGCCUCCAGGAUAUUGCACAUGUGCUUGAAGCUAUGCAGAUCGAUGCGAUCGAUCGGGCUGAUGAGGUUCAAUUUGAACUGGGUGAGCAAACAUCCCUUUCAGAAGCAGUCAACAUCAAAGCAAGGACCGAACCAGGGAGGGACGGGUUUGUCCUAGUUAAUCAUGAGUUGCUGGCUUGCAAGUUUCGUACCAAGGUGAAGCUAGAGGCGGCAUUCAAGCGCAUGUUUGACGCAUCCCUGAGGCGGAUAAAUGAAGAGCUGGGGCCGAUUGAAGACGCGAUUGCAGUACUCAGAGUUCUUGUGCGCACCGCUGACCCUCAGAUGCCGGCAAACAAUGGACCUCCACUGGAGGAAAGAGGUCAAGGACCACAACAGUGCAUCUAUCCAGAUCCCCCCUUCCCAGAUGAGUUUAGUUUUGAGCAUAACGAUGCCCACCAUAGAGUCCCAUAUAAGCAUCCUUAUGCUACACAAGAAUUGAGGGAUGAAGCUGCUGCACGUGAUAGGCGUGGCCAGAGGGCUCUUUGGGAGGUCAAACUCCGUGUUCUGGAGGUGAGGCAAUCAAUACUGAAGGAGAGGAAGACUGAAAUGGUGUUAAGGAUGAAGGAAGAGUACGACAGGAUGAUGGAUGAACCAUCUGACCUAGGGGUUGGUAACGCGGAUUUCGCGUUUCCUCCACUGGCCUAGGGGCUGGUUACGCUGACGUGGAGGACGAGGACGGAGGAGGAAGGAGACCUUCAGGACUAUAUCGCUCUUUUGCCGCGCUGUCCUUAUCAUCCGUCAGUCAUCAUAAACUAAUCAUUUGCUGCAUGCUUUCUUAAAUUAGUCAUCUUGCUGUUAUGUCUAUGUCAGUAGUAUGUGUUAAUCAACUACUAGUGUCGUGGUUGGAGUUAAUUAUUACUAGUAGUAGCUGCAGGUACUUGUUCCGUUUGUGGCACAACACAAGGGGGUACCCUGUUGCUUUGCUUGUUUCUGGUACUCAUGUGAUGUGUGUCUGACUGUGACCAUUUGUUACUAUUUUCAUUACUAUUGUAUUAUGUUAACCUAAGUGAAUUCAGACUUGCUUGUUAUGUCAACUUAGGGAAUUCAGAAUUGUACUGCUCCUGUAAUCGAAUUCGGCUGUGAUAAUGGGUUGUCAUCUACAUUUUUA